AUGUCCGUCAACUGGUGUGAAACUUGCCGAAAAUACACCAAUAACUGCGGCUGUUCCACCAACGCGAAUCAGGGCACCGGCCAGUUCGUCAACGGCUUCUACGUAAUCCGAGGAGAGAAUCUCAGCCCACUGGAAAGCGGUAGUGGCGGUUCAUCUUCAAACGGAUCAGGGGCUAGCGGCAAUGGGACCUCCAAUGGAGCCUCCAACGGAACCUCGAACAGGCAGUCGAACGGCAACAACUCCAAUGGGAACUCAAACGGGUCUUCGCGCAGGCAGUAA